AUGGGUGCGCACACUUUCAGCACACAAAGGUUCACCAUCACGGCCAUAGAAGUCACUCUUUCACCUUCCAUAGAAAACCAGCCCAGAGUAAAUUUAUCGAACUACAGCAGAAGAGAAGCAUCUGAACAACCUUCUUCAGAAUUUAGGCAGACAGGAAAACUGCCUGUACCAAAAACUAGGAAGAAUGUCCACAAGACCUCUGAUCUCAGCUUGCAGAGUAACGAUUCCUUACCCAGAGCACCUAGAAGGACCAAGCAGGCCAACGGCCAAGGAAGGCCGCCCAAGAGCAUCCUCAAACGAAGCUCCAGUUCAAGUUCCACGGAUUCUGAAGUGUUGCGUCUCAGUCAAACCUUGGAGCCACCUAACAAAAGUGGGUUGCCAAACUCCACCAUCCUUGAAGACGUUGCAGAGAAGAGCCCUCCCCCAGGAGAAGACAAUCCUCAAAACUCACUGGAAAUGCUAAAGCAGGUCAGGUUCUCCUCCAGCGUAAAGAAGAAUGAAUGUCCACCAAAACUCGAGUUGCACGAGGGCAAAGAGCUUGGGGAGUUCAAUUUGUUAGACACCAACUCUGUUAAGGCCAACGAGAAUGAAGUCAACUAUUUAGACAGUCCACCUUCUCCAGCAAGCCAGCAAGGUCCUGUCUCCGGCUUUAGAUGGUAAUGUGAAGGAUGGGCAAGGAU